CCAACUUAUUUCUUCGAAACUCAAUGAGACAAACUAUCUGGUUUGGCAUCAACAAACUCUUGCUGCCAUCAAAGGUUAUGGACUUUACCAAUACAUUUCACCAAAUCAGAAGAUUCCAGAAGAAAUUCUGCAAGAAGAAUCAAGUGAACCUUCUCAGAAUCCAGAAUAUUUAUUGUGGAUAAGGCAGGAUCAAAUCCUAGCCUCUUGGCUAUUGUCUUCCCUCACUGAACCAAUCCUAGUGACCACUGUGGGAUUAACAACAUCCAAACAAAUUUGGGACAGCCUUCAAAUCAGCUUUGCAAGCCAAUCCAAGGCAAAAAUUAUGCAGUACAAAUUAAAGCUGCAAACAAUCAAGAAAGGAGGAUCCAACAUGAGGGACUUCCUUAAUCAAGUCAAAUCCUGUUGUGAUAUUUUAGUUGCAUCAGGUCAGAAAGUUACUGAAGAAGAGCAAAUCAUGUACAUUUUAGCUGGUCUUGGUCAUGACUACAAUCCAGUCAUGGUAAGCAUUAUGUCCAAAACUGAAGCCUUGUCUCUUAGAGAGGUACAAUCUCUUUUGCUCACUUUUGAAACAAGACUAGAAGCCAUGAACUUAGAGCAGCCACAAUAUAGUUUUGAUGGUUCUGCACCAAAUGUUAAUCUCACUGAACAAAGUCAAGGAAGAGGAAGAGGAGUUUUUCAGACCAACAGAGGCAGAAGUCAUAAUGGACAAAGAGGAGGAAGGUUUGGCAGAGGAAGAGGAAGAACAGGAAAUAGGACAGUGAGAUGUCAAGUCUGCUUUUACAGUGGACACACAGCAGACCGAUGUUGGCAUAGGUUUGAUCAAAGUUUCAUGCCAAACAACAACACUGGAUCCUUAGGAAGAGGAAGAAAUCCUUCAGUGAAUGCUACAAACCUUAUCUCAGCACCAAUGAAUGAAGGAAUGGAAGAGGCUAGUUGGUAUCCUGAUUCUGGAGCAAGUAAUCAUGUGACUUAUGAUUUGGCAAACUUAAAUUUGGCUUCUGAAUAUCAAGGAUCAGAGAAAGUUCAGGUUGGAAAUGGUAAGAGUCUACAAAUUUCUCACAUUGGUAAAUCUAUAAUCUCUUCCAAUGAACAUAAAUCUCCUCAGUUUGUUCUCAAUAACCUACUUUUUGUUCCUGAAAUAACAAAGAACCUCAUGAGUGUUUCUCAAUUUUCUCUUGAUAACCAUGUAUAUUUUGAAUUUCACCCUCAUUGCU